GAGGAUGAAUGGAGUAUUCACCCAUAUCCCUUAUUGGAAGGGUGGAUACAAAUGGUUCCCUUAUCCUAAAUUUCUCUCCAUCUUAAACAAAAUAAGAAAUGAAAGUACACCCACAUUCUAAAAUACAUCUUCUCCAAUAAUAAUUCAUCGAAAUGGCUGAAGCUUUAAUGAGUUUCACUGUUAUCAAACCACAUAUCCACAGCUAUGUUCAAACAUCAAAAGCAGGCUUAAACCCAUUGACCAAAUCAGUUAAGCAAUAUUUUUCAAGCUCUAGAUUUACUAAUGGCUGGCAACAGAUUGAUGGUGGCAAGAAGAAUAGGACUUCUUUGGGCAAAGUGAAGGCUUUACCAGAUUGGCCACUGAUGGCAGUACUAGUAGAGCAUAUUGAAGGGCAAAGGGACCUCAUCACCCACAAGUCUGUCUGGCACCUUAGUGAUCAAAGCAUAAAGAAUGUCUAUACUCUGUACAUUAUGUUCACAUGUUGGGGAUGCUGUUUUUUUGGUGCCAUGAAAGAUCCAUACUAUGAUUCAGAACAUUAUAGAAAAGAUGGUGGAGAUGGUACUGGGCAUUGGGUCUAUGAGAAGCAAGAAGACAUUGAAGAAUCAGCAAGAGCAGAGCUAUGGCGUGAGGAGCUGAUUGAGGAGAUUGAGCAGAAGGUUGCAGGGCUCCGAGAGCUGGACGAAGCCAGCAAGAAAGAAGAAGAGCUUGUGAAGUAAUUCUGCAUGUUCCUCCAUUUUUUUUUUUACAAACAACAUGCAUUGUGCCAUGAAAGCUGUGCUUGUAAAUACCAUCCAAAUUUUAGAUGCUUUUAUAUGGUGCUAGAAAUUAAGCAAGUUGAUAACUUUGAGAAACUCUCUCUAGUGUCGUGUUAAUGAGUUGUAACAGAUGGAUUAGCCCAUUGGUUCAUGGGUCAUCCGGCAAUUCAAUUCUCUAUUUCAAAUAGUCAACUGCUAAACUUUCAUUUCUAAUA